UUUAGCUGAGCGAAUUCGUUGUGGCUAGCAGAUAUUUUUUUAUUUGAUUUGUUGAUUUUGUCUUCAAAGCCACCCACAGUUAUUAGCAUAUUGUUUUAGUUAAUUUGACUAUUGCAAGGAACUAGGCUGGACACCAGAAAGCAUCAACUUAACCAUAAUGACGUCACGCAAACGUAGCGGAAGCGGCUCGACCAAGCGGCCCAAAGAGAAGGUUGUCUACAUUUAUGAGCUCUUGUGUCGUGGCGAAGAUCCCAGCACGGAUAGUCCAGAGUUUUGGAACGAGUUCUUUUUGCUACAACCAAAUUUCGAGGCACUGGAGACGGAGAUCGGAAAAUUCAAUACGGAAACGUUGCAAAUGGUUAAACCGAAUCUUAAUAUGCUAAUACAGAAAUGUAUUGAAAUGCUAAAUGCAGAUGAUCACCCCAAGCGCCUGUGUAAUAGUCUUCAGACUUUAUGCUCUCUGUUCUACGGCAUCUUCAAAAAAGCCAACGUGGAUCCAACAUUUAACAUACUCCAGGAAGUGUUUGGCCACGAAAAAAUGGAUGAAUGGCUGAAACUGCUGAUGCAAUACUGUAAUCGUAUUCUCUUGGGUGAUGUUACCGAAAAUUCUCGCUUCAUGUGCCUGAAAUUGCUUAUGGUUUUGGUGACAGGCACGGAUAAUGUCAAUCAGAACGCUCUAUUUGAACCUCUCAUGAUGCACAGCAUGUUCGAUGCAUUUGUGAGGCUUCUAAGUGAUCCUACGACACGUGGCCAACAUGGUCACGACAUAGUGAUAUUGUUGACUAUUUUGGUAAAUUAUCGCAAGCAUGAGGCGACCAAUCCUUAUGUGGUCCAGCUAUCAAUAUUAGCCGAUGAACUGGCCCUAAAUGGAUAUGGCCAAAUGAUAUCACAAUCUCUAAUUGACUUUUGCCGCCAAUAUAUACAAAGUCUGAACAAUGUGCAAUCCUCGUCAUGGUUCUCAUCGCUAUCAAAUAUUGUGGGCAACAUGUUUGUUUCGGACGAAGGGUGUGAGCGUGUUCAGCAGAUUAAGGCUAACAAUGGUCUGCUAUUGGCCCUUUACGAAGCAGUGCAUUUAAAUCGAAAUUUCAUUACCACCUUGGCUCAUACUCAGGCAGAAUCGAGUGCACCUCCCUCGCCCAGUAACACGUUAAGUUUAACUCAACCCACACCUGAUCUGGCCAGUGCUCCUAUUAUCGAUAUCACACAGUAUCCGACCAAUCUUCUAGUGGCUGUUUUCCAAUACUGCUCGAUUGUAAUGCAGGACAAUAAGAAUGAGUCUAGCAUUGCCAAUUUGAAACUAUGUUUCCUUAUACUCACUUGCAUAUCGGAGGAUCAGUAUGCCAAUUCGAUAAUGCACGACAGUAAUCUGACCUUCAAGGUCAUGUUACAUCGGGCGCAGAUGCGUCAUCGCAAAUUAAAUGUGGAUCGCGUGGGCAAAUCGCAGCCGCUGGCUGCCACUCUGCUUGAUCUUUUGGUUGAGUUCAUUGUGUCGCAUUUAAUGAAGAAGUUCCCCAUGGAAUUGUAUUUGCUUUGUAUUGGAGUUAUACAUCGCAUACUGUGCUAUCAGAAAAGAUGUCGAGUGCGUCUCAAUUACCCAUGGAAAGAACUGUGGUCAGCGUUAAUUGGUUUAUUGCGAUUCUUAGUUAAUCAAGAGCAGACUCUGGUCAAAAAGUGCAACAUAUUCCACUUGUCACUUCAAGUCGUGAAUAUAUUUAAUUUAUUCAUCACCUACGGCGACACAUUCCUGGCCACCACAAACAGCUAUGAUGAACUCUACUAUGAACUGAAUCGCGAGGAAAAGGUCUUUACGGAAAUACACGCCAUGGUUCUUCGCUAUACAACAAUGCCCGAAUGCGAAUAUAAGGACGAUGUCAUUAAGCUUUUAAACGCUCUGGUCAAUAUCCUAGCAAUUGUAAAGCAUUUCCAAAACAAAAUCAAGGAAUGGCUAGCCGAACAAGGUCUAUCUACGCCCACGGAAGAUCAAAUUCUUGAUGUAGUGCGCAAGAAUUAUGAUCUUACUUUGAAAUUGCAGGAUUCCCUGGAUCAAUAUGAACGUUAUGCAGAGGCGCCAUUGCAUACAAAUUUCUUUAAGACGAUGGUUCGGGAUGUGGUGAAUGAUACACGAAAGCAUAUCUAUGGUUAUGUUAAAGAAGCUGUCUCUAUCAUACCAGAGCAAGAGAUGCUGCUAACGGGAGCAGCUGUACCCACGGCAACAGCCACAAAUGCUGGGACCAGCAGCACAUCAGGCACUACAACACCCACCUCAACUAGCAACAUAGUAACAGAAAGUGCGACUAUAGCAACAACACCAUCCACAUAGGAAUUGACAACGAGAGAAGACUUUUAGUUUUGUAAUUUCUAAGAAACACACAUACAUAUACACAUAUAUACACACACUAUAAUACUAAAACUAAAAACUCGAUGUAAUCUAUAAGAUUGAAAAGUGCUUUCGGCGAGUCCUCGAAAGGUUCGUUGCUUACGUUAUAAAGCAGUGCAGUUCUAUUAACUAUAUGAAAAAAUUAUGCGAGGUCUCCCCAUAUUCAUAUGGAAUUGUUUGUUAAUUAUAUAAUAUAAAUUCAAACCUUGAAUUUUGAUAGUCUUUGUCCUAAAUCCAAAUAAUUUUUGUAUAUAUGUCAAGUAUGCAAAUAUUUUAUACAUACGUAUACCAUAUUUUGCAUUAUUUAUCAAGAACUAUGUAUAUAUAUUUUUAAAAAAUAUAUGCAUAUAUAUAUUAAAAUAUUACACAUAUUUGUCUAUA